GAGGAAAUAGGAGUUUUGCAGUUCAUUCAGACGUUUCAUAACAACUAGUUGCACAAAAUUUACAAAAAGAGAGACUAGUUAAAACGUAUCUAAGACUAGCUAGAACGGGACAAAUUUAAUUGUAUGACAAUUUUUUCGAAAAAGUAGAAUAGCAUCGAAAUUUAACUCAUAUUUUUGUCAUGGCUACAAGCAUACGUGAAAUCGUAAAAUGGUAUAUUAUUAUUAAUGAAGACUGGUCGGAUACACGUAACAACGAGCGAUUCCUGUUGAAUUCACCAUGGCCUAGUCUGACUCUUCUUGGACUUUAUACAUAUUUUAUAUAUGAUUUUGGACCAAGAUUUAUGGCAAAAAGACAACCUUUUAAAUUGGACAGAAUAAUACAAUUAUAUAAUAUUUUUCAAGUUCUAAUAAAUGCAUACAUAUGUUACAAAAUUUUGGAUUUAGGAUGGUUACGCGGUUAUAAUUUUUUUUGCGAACCCGUCGAUUAUUCUUAUACACCAAAAACCAUAGAGAUAGCCAGAGUGCUUUGGAUAUAUUUCCUGGUCAAGGUUAUAGAUUUGUUAGACACAAUUUUUUUCAUACUCAGAAAAAAGCAAAAUCAAGUAACUUUUCUUCACGUAUAUCAUCACGGUGGUAUGGUAAUACUUUGUUGGCUAGUCGCAAAAUUCAUACCUGGUGGUCAUGUAACUUUUACAGUAAUGCUCAAUACAUUCGUUCAUUCAGUAAUGUACGCGUAUUAUCUGUUGGCAUCUAUGAAGAUAAGCACAAACUCGUGGAAGAAAUAUAUCACUCAGUUGCAACUAGUGCAAUUUUUUCUGGUUGGUGUUCAUGACAUGCAAUUAUUCUGGGUGGAAAAUUGUGACGUCUCAGUAUGGGUGGCGUAUAUUAUAGUACCACAGAAUGUGUUCAUAAUAAUAUUAUUUGGAGAUUUUUAUUAUAAAACAUACAUAAAGAAAAAAACUGGAAUCAAAACAAUGCCGAUAAAAACGAUAACAAAAGAAGAACUUUUUACUGAAAUUUCCAAUAAGAAACCAAAAAUGUUAUAAAUUUAGACCACAAUGUUCAGUCUAAUGUUUGAUCUUUUUCUGGCUAUAUUUUAUAUUUGGUAUUUAUGCAAAUGUUCCUUAGAAUUAAACAUUCAUUUAUUUUUAUUAAAAUAAUUAAAAUUUGAAUGUUUUGUUUAUUAAAAUAAUUCGAUAAUUCUUUUGUGUUUUAAACAUUAACUUGAUAAUACAGAGAAAAUAUCAA